UUCAGCGUUCGUACUCUCGCCCUUGAGAGGGUUAACAACGAUUGUUCGACAAACGUGCAAACAAAAUGUCAAACACAGUUCCCACCGUCAGCCUUGGCAAUGAAUAUAACAUUCCCGGACUUGGAUACGGAACGUAUCUGGCUAAACAAGAUCAGGGAAUUGAUCUGGUUAAAAAAGCAAUCGAUGCAGGCUACAGGCAUAUCGAUACAGCCUUUCUGUACGAGAAUGAGGUCGAAGUAGGCGAAGCGAUCCGAGCGAAAAUUGCCGAGGGUGUCGUAAAGCGGGAGGAUAUGUUUGUCACAAGCAAGCUGUGGAACACUUUCCAUCGGCCGGAACAUGUGGCCGAAGCUUUUAGGCGGUCGUUCGAUAUGCUCGACAUCGCUUAUGUCGACCUGUACCUGAUGCACUCGCCCAUGGGAUUGCAGUUCCAAGGUUACGAGCACAGUGAUAUGCAUCCGAAGGAUGCCGAUGGACAGCCACCGUUUGACGACAUUGACUACGUCGAAACGUGGAAAAGCAUGGAGAAACUGGUAGGGGAUGGCAAGGUUCGCAGCAUCGGCUUGUCAAACUUCAACAGUGAGCAAAUCACACGAAUUCUGGAGAUUGCCGAAAUAAAACCGGUAACGAACCAGAUCGAGGUGAAUCCUGGUUGCAACCAGAAACGGUUGAUAGAGUUUUGCCGAGCCCGUGGCAUUACGGUGACGGCCUUUGGGCCAAUGGGUCGUCCUCAUCGUUCAACUUAUGGAAACAAAUCGGCCCUCGGGGAUUCGAGGGUGAUUGAGAUUGGACAAAAGUAUAGAAAAACUGACGGACAGGUGAUUCUUAGAUAUCUGAUCCAAUUAGGUACAAUUCCGAUUCCAUAUUCCACGAAAGAGGAGCGAAUCCGGCAGAAUAUUGAUGUGUUCGAUUUUACGCUUACCGAUGCGGAAAUGCAGUACAUGGACACGUUCCAAUCGGAGCGAACGUUGCCCUUUCCACCGCUUAAAAAGCACAAAUAUUAUCCAUUCGAUAUCGACUUUUGAAUAGCUGGAAGUUUUAUCAUAGUUGGUCUUUCUUUUCGGUGACGUGAUGGGAAGUAAAGCAUAUUAGAUAGAAUAAUUUCGUUUCUGGUUAAAUAUAUA